AUGGCUUCCGUCACAUGUCUGGCCCUUGAGCCAUCUCUGGCUAUCUCCAAGUGCGAGCCCACCAUCUCAAAGCGCCAGGGAUGCAAAUCACCUACCCUAUCCCCAAUAUCCCCAUCGGAGAUGACCCCUAAGGUGAAAAGGAUCGACCCGCCGGGAAACGGGCCUGACCGUCGAGAAUCACAAACGUCGACAUCUACUUCGAUCAGUCUCUCUCGUUCGGCCUCCCGCAGCACCGGGCGAUCGCGACCUAACAGCCGUCGCAGUUCUGUCCACUCACCGCGCCGGGCUAUGCCCAACGCCGCCAUUGUGCCUGUCACAUCACGUUGCAGUUCCGUGCAGGACAAGCGGGAAUCACUAUUAGCUCUACACCGGGAGUCAUGUCGGCUGUUCCAAGGCGAUGGAUCGAACAGAUCCUCGACCGAGACAAGACCUACUCUACAUCGAGCAGCAUCAGCCACUUAUAGAUCUCAGCGCGAGAGGCGCAUGUUAACAGAUAAAGGCAAUUCGGCACCCUCUUCCCCAAUCGCACCUUUACAUUCCAGCUUCCGCUGUGAGCCAGAGUCUCAUUCGCUCAUCUCGACAAGCGCACCGCACUUUGUCAAACCAAGAGAUCGAUCAAACACCUUGCCCACCAACCCCCACCAUAGCCCCCCGUCCACGUCCAUCCACGUCCCGGUGACAGUAAUGGAAUGGACCUCACCCGAUACCCGGCGGCGUGAGUACGAGAAAAUUGAUCGGGCAAGCAGUGGUUUCCGGGGUCUCUGGCGCCGCGUCGCACCGCGUUGCUUCCAGUCCCGCGACUCGCGCACUCCCUUCUUCGAAGAAGGCAAGACGGAGUGCGAAGGCAGCGUGCGUCGGUUCCGUAUGGAUAUCCCUGAAGAUGAGGAGCCAGAACCGGAUUCGCACCAGGGAAAAUCAGAGACCCAACUUCUGGAUUUCCUAGGCAAGACCUCGACCUCGACCUCCAGCUCGAAUUCAAAUUCCUCCGAUGGCGCUCGAAGACGUUGGACGGGUCUUCUUUCAAAACCUUCACCUCUUCCUAAUACCUAA